GCCAAAUGUCAUUGACACAUCAAUGCACAUCAGCUGUAACUGUCACGUUGUUGCGAUUUCGUCGUAUAGCGUUUUUGCAGGUAGAAAGGAUAAAUGAUAACGAAGAGUGCUAACACUUGCUGCAACAAAAAUGGACGCUAACGAGAAGGCGAGUGUUUCGGAGCGAAUUCCCGAAGUUGUGCCCAAUUCCAAGGAUAAUUCGUGCGGAGAGGCGCCAACACAAGAAUCUAAACGUCGGGUUAGACCUCGCCGGAGAAGACAUCGUUCGAAAAAGAACAAGCAAGGCCAGGACGAUUGCGAGGAAGACAAUGGCUUGUCUGAUGAGGGAGAGGAAGUUGGUCCGCUUGACCCCAAUGGAGUGACCCAGAAAUCAGAAAUUGGCCGGACGCCAAUCGCCUCCAGUGAUUUGAAGGCGAAAAUCUCUCGUGUCAAAAACAAGCUGGCGAAAUUCACGAACAAGUGCAGUAAAGUGGAUAACAGGCGACCAUCACAGACGACAGUCGAUCAGAAGUCUGAGGGGAAACGGCGAACUUGCUCGGAACGGUCGGCAUCCCAACAAGGGGCUGAAGCCAGUUUCAUCAAAUCCAUGCUAUUUACCUCCAGCGCAACGGUAAAUAACGCGCCAAAAACCGGAAGGUCUGUGUCAGAAUCUGAACCGGGACCUAGUCGAAGGCGAAAUACAGAAGAGGAGGAUUCCAUCGCUAAAUCGGUAAAAAAACGGGCGCGACAAAAGAAGGGCUCAACAGAGAAGUCCCUUUGGGACCAGUUUUAUGGCCGCAAGCCUGAAAAUGGAAAUGGCGAGUUCAGAUUGGACAGUCUCUCGUUCUUUCUGCUCGACAUGCUUUUUACUUCCGCCGAAAAGAGGGAGCAACUCAUUGCCAGGGAAGCCUGCAACCGAGGAAUUUUGCUUGAAAGCAACAACUUUUGGCAUUUGAAUCCGAAAAUCCUCAAAUGGAAUUCACAACCGUUCCGCUCUUCCUACGCCAAAAUUGCUGCCAACUACUCGGACCGUAAAUUCGCUGGGAAAUUGUUUGCCGCCGCGCCACCGCCGGAAGAAGCCAGUCCGAAAACUUUCGAGGAUCUUGUAAACAUUGUUGUCCAGGAAGGACUUUCCGAGGAUCAACGAAAAGAGUUUGCCUUCCCAGUGACGGCGAGCACCAAGCGCAGAAAGAACUACUUUAAGGAGGAGGACUUUGAGAGCAAACUGGAGGCGUUUGCUCAGAAAUGUGUAGAAGCGAACCUCGGCGUGAUUGUUGAGGAAGAAGUGCGAAUUAGCGCGAAGAACAACCAUCACGCAUUCAUAAAAGUGACCGACAGUGAACGGGACGCCAUGAUUUCGACCCCACUGACGAGGAAGUUUGCAUUGCAGGGAGAUGUGGUGCGAGCUUUUGUUCGAAACGGGUUCGAGGAGCAAACCACGGCGGAAGAGACAGUCGACUCGCCACCCGACGAUCAAGUCAUUUUAGACUCCCAAACCGACGACCAACUCGACGUGGAUUCCCCGCCUCUUGAAGAUACUGUUCAGCUACCCGAAGAGGAACCUCUUGUGGUCGGCAAAAGCACGAAAGCGUUCGUGAUCAAAAUUGUGAAAGAAGUGCAUAAUCGCAUGGUCGUCGGCAGUUUCCUUUCGUGGCGGAAAAACUGUAAGUUCAUCAUGUUCGUGCCGCAGGACAUGCGACUACCUAACAUUCGCAUUUUCGAGGAAUUCUGGCCCGACUCCUUCCGACAGGGUAACAUGGACAAAGUCUCUGACACACUUUACGUCGCUGAAAUCAUCGGUUGGCAAAAUGAUGUGUGCAUCGGACGAAUCGUCCAGUCAAUUGGAAAAUGUGGUGAUUUGGAUUCGGAGAAUCGCGCGAUCCUGCUGAAGAACAACUUGCAGUUGGUGCCGUUCGAUGAGAAAUUCAAUGAAAUGUACAGCGGCGAGUUUACGAUCCCCGAAGAAGAGCUAGGAAGACGCGAGGAUCUGAGAAAGGAGUGUAUUUUCACGAUCGAUCCUCUCACAGCCAAGGAUUUGGACGAUGCAAUGUCGGUGAAGCAACUCCCCGACGGGAACUUUGAAAUUGGCGUGCACAUUUCCGAUGUGUCAUAUUUCCUGGAAGAAGGAUGUGAACUGGACGAGCUGGUAAAGAUGCGCACUACUAGCGUUUAUAUGGUCAAUGAAGUGUUCCAUAUGUUGCCAAAAUCGCUAUGCUUCCGAUGUUCCCUGCUGCCCGGUACCGACAAAUUGGCUUUUUCAGUAUUUUGGAAUAUGACCCCUGAAGCUGAAAUACUUUCCACGCGAUUCGCACGAACUGUAAUCCGUUCCUGCACGCAGUUUGCCUACCAGCAUGCCCAGCUGAUUAUCGACAAUCCAGACCGAGAGUUCAGCGAUUUGGAUUUCCCCCUAAUCCACAACGGAUUCACAGCAGCUGACGUGGUUCGAUGCGUCAGACAAUUGGACUCCCUUGCCACAAUCAUGCGAAGAAAACGCUUCGAAAACGGAGCCUUGAGAAUCGAUCGACCCAAAAUGUCGUUCAUAUUGGAUCCGAAUACGGGAGCACCAAUUGAAGUGAAAAAACAGGAACAGCUCGAGGCGAAUUUCCUGAUUGAGGAGUUCAUGUUGUUGGCAAAUCGUUCGGUGGCUGCGUUUAUUUAUGAGAAAUUUCCCAGCUUAUCGAUCUUGCGUAAUCAUCAGUCUCCGUUGAAGAAUGUUUUGAAGCGCGUCAAGGAUAUAUUGCAGAGGGUGGGAAUGUCUUUGGACGUAAGCAACUCCAAAUCGAUAUAUAAUUCGUUGAGGCGUUUGAUUGCGGAAUGUGGAAACACCGAGGCGGCAUCUGUUUGCUUGUCCCAGCUCAUUUCGAAGCCUAUGAUGAGAGCCAAAUACUUCUGCAGCGAUGGCGUGGAGUAUGAUAAAUUCAGUCAUUAUGCAUUGUCAAUUCCAAUCUACACGCAUUUCACGAGUCCUAUUCGGCGAUAUCCUGACGUAUUAGUUCACAGAUUGUUGGCGGCUGCUUUGGACUAUACUCCGGUUCCUAAGCGAACACCCGCUGAACUCAAAAUUCUAGCUGAGCGCUGUAAUGAUGAUAAGUACAGUGCCAAACUAGCAGGUGAUGAUAGUGCAAACCUGUACUUCUUGCAUUAUGUUAAGGCUAAAGGUUCAGUACUAAUGCUGGCGGCUGUGAUGGAGAUUUAUUCUUAUUCGUUUGACGCAGUACUAGUCGAAACCGGCAAUGCGAUCUCGGUGAGUCUGAAGAGUCAGUCUGAAGUGAAGACACGUACUACAAAGGAAAAUGGAGUUUGUAAAAUGUUUAUAACUUAUCCCUCUUCUGAUGAAAAUAUUGAGGUGAAUCUAUGUAGCGAAGUAUGGUUGAAAUUGUCGGUGAAAUCGAACCGGUUAAGGGGUGUGCUUGCUCCACCUCCAGGAAGCAAUAUAGAGAAAGUGGAGGAGACUGUUAACGAAAGCAAUGACCAACAAAGUGAUGUUCCAGUGAAUGCAGAAGAAGAAAGGAUUGUUUCUGACGAAGGGAAUGGUGAAACAAACGACGAUUUUGCAGCUGAGACUGUAAAUGAAGAAACCAGAAGUGUUGACGAAAGCAUUCAAAAAAUGGCUGUCGCUAAUGAGGCGUCAGAUGUUAAAGAAAGCUCACUAGGAAACAACGACAGUAGCAUUAGCAUGUCAGAGCUGGUGAUGUCCCAAUCGCUCGCUUUGGCGAGGUUACUUGUUGCGGAAACUAAUGAUCCGAUUGACACGGGGGCUGUAUCAAAUUCAGGAGAGUUGGAUAUAGCAGCAAACUCAGAAGAAUUUACCAUUCCUGCUGUGUCAAACUCAGAAGAGGUAAAGGUUUCUGCUACGACAAUCUCAGAAGACUUGACUGAAAGGAAUCAGAGUUCCCGUAGUAGUAGCGUAAGCAGUGACUCGUCCAGCACAGUUUCAUCAUCUGUUAGUCAAAGUGACGACUCUGAAAAUACAAGGCCGCAGAACACAAAUGAAGCAGAUGUGCAAGCACAAGUGACAACCGAUGCAGGAGAUAAAACAGGAAAUUCUCCCGAGAAAGAUGAACAAAAAGAUUCAGUCACAGAAAUUGCUGAAUCGAUGAAACAACUCUCCGUCGAGUCGACAGACACUCGCGACGAAACCUCUAAUCUCACACCGGGCACAAUUCAAAUCGAACAAACAUCAACAGACUCGAUCGGGGUCCCGAUCUCAGAAACUGGACAAGAAGUUCAAACUAGUGCAAGCAAGUCGUAGAAAAAUGAGCAUAAGGAGGUUAAGUAGCACUGGCUCUAGUAGAUUGAAGAUAAGAAGUUUUUUACAGUUUUAUAUUUUUAUUAUAUGCAUCCUUUGUGAGGAUUAAACAUAUUCAACAAAAAGAUAACAACCGAGGACAAGAAUUUGUGAUAAUCAUUCACUUAGUUGCUGCAACGAAUACAAAUCGUUAUUUUACUUCCUAGAAAAAAGUCCGUUUCGUUCAGAUUAAUGCGUAUCAGAUAACUUCGCUCAAAACAAACAUGUCCACAUUAUAAAGAAGUGAAACUUCUGGGUCGACAGUUGCUUGCAGUACGUAUGUUCCAUGUAGGUCCGUUUUGGGUGGAACAUGAAAAAAAUUAAAUUUGAUAGUGAUGUGAUAUGGUUAAACCAUUCUUGUUUAGAUAUAUAGCUUAGAUUUUACUUGAUUAUUCUAUCAUCCGGACGUGUGUAUGUUUUUUUCAAUAAUUUGAAGUCCGCUUGAUGUCGCUAUCCAGGAAAAACACUUGAGUGUCUCUACAGAAGUAAAUAGAUUGCAUGACCGUUUAGUUUCUGUAAUAGAAUUCAUUUUUCUAAGUUUAAUUCAUUUACAUCAUUCAAUAAGGAUUAUAUACUGAAAAUAUAAAUCGACGUUGUACUAUAAUUUUUACAAUAUUUUAGAGAGAAGUUGUAAAUAAAGAAAAGAGUUUUUUAGAGAAAAUGUAAAAAGAGUUAAAAAAAAAUGCUUUAAUAAAAAGACGAAAACUGGACGUAA